AUGCUUGGGCUCUGGUUGACAGCUUUACUUUUGGGGAGCUUUUGCGUACUGAAGGUGGAUGCGAUCCAGACGAUUUCUGCAGUUGGAUCGAAGUUUUUCUUCGAAGAUGGUACCCAAUACUUCAUCAAAGGCGUUGCGUAUCAGCUUGUUCCCGACGACCCUUUGAUUGAUACCGCUCAAUGUCGGCGUGAUAUUGCUCUCAUGGCGCAAUUGGGCGCCAAUGCGAUUCGCGUGUACCAUGUCGACCCUCAUGCCAACCAUGAUGGCUGCAUGAAAGCUUUCGCAGAGGCAGGGAUUUACCUGUUUGUUGAUCUCGACACAUUCGAUACCUCCAUUAAACAGGCGAGUCACCCGGAUACCCCAUACUGGACUCAGUCCCAACUCGACCGAUAUACAGCCGUCCUAGACGAGUUUCAAAAAUACAACAAUACGGCAGGCUUCUUUAUCGGGAACGAGGUUCUCAAUUCCCAAGAAGGCUCCGCGGCAGCCCCUUACGUCCUAGCAGCAGCUCACGAUGUCAAACAGUAUCGCGAUGAGCAAGGAUACCGGAAUAUCCCCGUGGGCUAUGCAGCCGCUGAUAUUGCUGAACUCCGACCCAUGCUCCAGAACUACCUCGCCUGCCGCCCCGACCCCGCAGAGCGUCUCGAUUUCUUCGCUCUAAACGCAUAUGAAUGGUGCGGCCCGUCUUCAUACAGACAAUCCGGAUACGCGCAGCUACAGGAAUACGCCAAAGACUACCCAAUCCCGAUCUUCUUUUCCGAAACAGGAUGCAAUGCAGCCCGACCUCGCACAUUCGAGGACCAAGCCGCCAUUUUUGGCCCUGAGAUGUCAGACACCUGGUCGGGCUCGAUCAUCUACGAAUGGAUCGAGGAAGCCAACGACUACGGGCUAAUUAGCUACGGUACGGACCCCGGGGCUACGCCGGCUUUGGUUCAGGAUGGAUUCGUUCGUCAGGGUAUCCCUACCCCCGUGGCUCCAGACUUUGAUAAUCUCAAAGAGCAAUGGGAUAAGGUUUCCCCAACGGGCGUCGCGUUGUCGGAAUACGCCCAGUCUGUGCCAGCCAUAACGCCGCCUGUAUGUCCUACUCCCACGGCUGGUGGAUGGGCCGUGGACCCGAAUGCUCCUCUUCCAACGCUCGGGUAG